GUAGUGCGUAGAAGUCCCCUAGAAACGAGAUAACCUGGUGGGUUUACGUGUUGAGCCGCGGAAUCAUUGUGAUUGUGCACCAUCACCAUGGUGGACCUCAGGUCUGGAACUAGCACCACCCCCUACAGCCAGGAGCAAGAGGAGAGAGCUGCCGCCACUCUGCAAGAAAGGAAGGAGAGGAUGGAGAAGUGGGAAUUGAUCAAGCAGGCCAAGAUGUUGGCCCUCCUGGAGGAGCAAGAGGCAAAGAAGAAGCAGAUGGAGGAGGACCUGAAGAAAUGGACGAAGGAGCAGGAGGAGAAGAUGGCGGCUAUACAAGAGGAGGUGGAGAAAGAAGAAGAAGAAGAAGAAGAAGAAGAAGAAGAAGAAGAAGAAGAAGAAGAAGAAGAAGAAGAGGUAGAAGAAGAAGAACCAUUGGAAAGAAGAAGAGGUGAAACCAGUACAAGCAAAGAGGAGCAAGUAGAAAGGAUGACGCAAGAAUGGGCUGCACAUCUGGAAUUGGGAGAAGAUAGAGAAGCAGAGUUGGCCAUACCUCAAGCAGAGAGAGAAGCAGCAAGAAGGGAGUUGGAAGCAGAAAGGGACCCUGUGAGGAGAAGGGCGAAGGAGGAGGAACAGCAGAGGGCAUGGAAGUGGCACUUGUCCCAAGAGAAAGUUAGGCAUCUGGAGGCGGCAGAGAAAGCAGAAAGGGAUUUAAAGGUGGCAGAGGCUAGGAUGGGAAUGAUCAGGGCUGAGACCGAGUUAGCUACCAAAGUUGAGAGCCUGACCCAAAGUGUAUAAUCCCUACUAAUUGCACAUCGC